AUGGUGCUCCUCGGCAGCUGGAUCCUGGUGAACCUCAGCUACACGAGAAAGGUGACUGCGAUCGUGACCCAGGGCUGCAAUAGCACCGAUAUUCGCUCCUGGAACAUCCCACUUGAGAUGAGACUGAGCGUUGAUAGGAAGAAGUGGACCAAACACCCGGACGGGAAGUUCAUCGGCGGUGGGACUCAUCUGCUUGAGACGCCCGCGUUCGCUCAGUACGUCCUCAUCCUGCCGCUGGAGAAUCGUCCAGAAUUUGGCCUCCGCUUCGACAUCUUGGGAUGCCCACAUGAGGAUAAGACCACCUGUGCCAGAAAGUUGAACAGCCUCCGCAUCACCGAUUGGAUGACCUUCUACUGUCCACCGGGCUGUGCCAAAUACUUUGUCGCUGGAACAUUGGUCUACUCGGAGGACUCGCACAUCUGCGCGGCCGCCAUUCACGCCGGCGUCAUCCGGAACGACAUCGGAGGAGAUUGUAUUGUGAUGAGAGCUCCCAAACAGCAAGUCUACACGGGCACCACCAGGAACAGGAUCACCUCCAGAGAUUUGAUCGACCCGCUGGGUGUGUCUCACACGUUUGCGGACGGGGAGCCCAGAUGCGCGGCACCUGACUGGGAGGAGUUUGCCGGGUUCUGCUACAAAACGUUUGACGAGGAAAAGAACUGGGCUGAUGCUCAACAGGUGUGUCGUGGUUUCGGUGCGGAACUGGUGUCCAUCCGCAGCGAGAUGGAGCAGGCGUCAGUGAAAAAUGUCUCCCACCUUGAAACCAGCGACAUGUGGACCGGACUGAACGACCUGGCGUUUCCAGGCAUGUUGGUGUGGUCGGACCGCCACGAA